AUUUGCAAUACAUAAACCACAAAAGUCGUUAUUUCAGGGAGAUUAUUAUUAUUAUUAUUACACUACUAUUAUUAUUGCACUACUACUACUACUACUACUAAGCAUCUACUACUACUUCUACUAAUAAUAAUAAUAAACAUACCUAUACGUGUAUCUAUAUAUGAAAUUAUAGUAAAGUACAAACCAAUUCAGCAGUAGCCUGUCCUGCUGCAUGCCAAAGCCGAUCGAUCGAUUCCUUGGCCGCCACGUGAUUCCCAUGAAAAACUUUGAUGUUGUUCCAUCCUCGUUGGAGCCCAUUUCGAAGCAGCGUUUGGGAUAGUGCACUGUUAGAAAGUGAGCUGAAACAGAGCCAUUGAGUCAGCAUGCCUCCAGCGACUACCAUGGACCGUGGCUGCCCCCCCCCAGAUGGGGGGUGGGGCUGGGCAGUGGUGUUUGGAUCUUUCAUCUCUAUAGGCUUCUCCUACGCCUUCCCCAAGGCCCUCACCAUCUACUUUAAGGAGAUCCAGGAAUACUUUUCCAUAUCCUACAGUGAGAUUGCUUGGGUGUCCUCUAUCAUGCUAGCAACUAUGUAUGCAGGAGGACCUGUAAGCAGCAUACUAGUCAAUCGCUAUGGCAGCAGACCUGUGGUCAUAGCUGGUGGGAUAAUGUGUGGGAUCGCUAUGGUAGCUGCUUCUUUUGGCAGUACCAUUAUGCAUUUGUAUUUGUGCAUUGGAGUCAUUGGAGGAUUUGGCCUUGCUUUCAAUCUUCAACCAGCCCUGACGAUCAUUGGGAAAUACUUCCUAGUCCGGAGGCCUAUAGCAAAUGGCCUGGCUAUGGCAGGAAGUCCAGUCUUCCUCUCUACCUUGGCGCCCCUGAAUCAAUUUCUGUUUGACAGCUUUGGAUGGAGAGGAGCGUUUUUAAUCCUGGGAGCUAUAAUCCUUAAUUGUUGUGUAGCAGGAGCCCUGAUGAGGCCCAUUCAGGUAAAGCCUCAAGUUAAACGUGCAGAGGAUUGUGACAAAUCAGAUGCAGAAGAUGGGAGCAGCACUCCUGCGGCUGGUCUGCUGAGUGGACAGGAGCAGCAGAGGAAGUCUGGAUGCUGUGGCAGAAUUAACACCUUCAUCGAUCUUUCACUCUUCAAGCACAGAGGCUUCAUCAUCUACCUUGUCGGCAAUGUGGUCAUGUUCUUUGGCUUCUUUGCCCCAGUUGUCUUCCUUGCUCCCUAUGCCAAGCAUCUUGGUGUUGACGAGUACUCAGCUGCAUUACUGCUAUCUAUAUUUGCCAUUAUUGAUAUGGUGGCACGGCCUGGCACCGGCUUAUUCGCCAACACCAAGUAUAUCAGGCCUAGGAUUCAGUAUUUCUUCAGCUUCUCUGUAGCCUGCAAUGGCAUCUGCCACAUCCUGUGCCCCCAGGCCACAGGAUUUGUGGGACUGGUCAUUUAUGCCAUCUUUUUUGGGGUGGCUUUUGGCAUGGUGAGCGCCUUGCUCUUCGAGGUGUUGAUGGACCUUGUUGGUGCUCAUCGUUUCUCCAGCGCAGUUGGUCUGGUCACCAUUAUUGAAUGUGGUCCUGUGCUUCUAGGACCUCCGAUAUCAGGAGCCCUAGUGGACGUGUUCAAGGACUACAAAUAUAUGUACUACGCAUGUGGGGUUAUGGUGCUGGUCUCGGGAAUAUUCCUCUUCAUCAUGAACUUCUACAACUACAGGAUGCUGGAUAGGGAGGAAAAGCGGAAGGAGGAGCAGGAGGUUGCUGUGAACAUGAGUGCCAAGGAGAUGUGUUCUACUGUUGAGAAAGGCAAUCCUAGAGAGGAGAAUGGCAAUGAACUGGAAGGAAAACUGGAGGAGCUAUCCUUCAUGGAAAAGGAUGAGUCACAUACGGAUGACAUGCCGGCCGAAGACACUUAAUGGUAGAUAACCCCAUCACUGGAGAGACUGGUUUUGGGUUGAAUGCCUACCUGUCCCGAAAGCACCGAUCGGGACUCCCUCCAUUGGGGAUGACUCCAGCUCUAGAGGGUUAAAGUUCUGAUCAUUUUAAUGAUUGUAUGACUGAAAUCAUUGUCAUUUAUGGGGAGAGUCUCUGUGUGUCUAAUGUGGAUUUAUAAGUAACAAGUGAAACAAACCAUUCUGGACCUUGGAGACUUGGUUCAUUUAUGACAGUAGUUAGAUGAUCAUUUUGCUUCAAGGAAAUUCAAGGCAUACUGUUUAUGAACUCUCCAUUUGAUUGGAUUUUAUAAAACAAUGAAGAUAAUGUAAUAAUUCACUAAUAAUAGUAUGGCCUUUAAAAGAUUUUAUAGAUUUAAAAAAUCUGCCUGUUGAUUUAUGUAGUUGGUUAACAACAUGGGUGAUGCUCCAUGAAUAUAAACUGAAAUAUAAUUGUUCUAGUAUGACGUU